GCCCAGCGCUCCAGGCGGACUGUCCAGAUGUCAUUCAGUUAACACACGUGGGUCUGGGGUCUGGGGGUCCCGGGGGAGAGGGGAUCCGGCUGUGGGCUGAGCCCCAUCACCCAGGGGUCGGGGUCGGGGUCGGGGUAGGGGGGGGGUCCCUGAACCGGCAGAGGGAGAAGUUCUGUAAGUUUCACUCUCUGUUAACUUUAACCCAGCGCGUCUGGGCAACCUCUGCCGCAGCGGAGCACCGGAGCGGGGCUUUAACUUGCGGGCGGUGACAGGCUGACUCUGCCUCUGCUGAAGCAAACUUCUUCACCACCCCCCCCCCCCCCACCCCACCACCACCACCACCACCACCACCACCACCACCACCCCUUCCCCACCCUACCCCCGGCUCGGCUGCGAUGACUUCGGUGUGGAAGAGGCUCCAACGAGUUGGCAAGCGUGCGUUUAAGUUUCAGUUUGUCGCCUCGUAUCAGGAGCUGACCGUCGAGUGCACCAAGAAAUGGCAGCCCGACAAACUGAUCGUGGUGUGGACCCGGAGGAACAGGCGGGUGUGCUCAAAGCUACACAGCUGGCAGCCAGGAAUCAACAAUCCGUACCGCGGGAUGGUCAUCUGGCCGGUUCCUGAAAACGUCGACAUCACCGUCACGCUCUACAAGGACCCCCUCGCAGAGGAAUUUGAGGAUAAAGCGUGGACUUUUGUUAUCGAAAAUGAGAGCAAGGGGCGGCGCAAGGUGUUGGCGUCGGUGGACAUCAGCAUGAAGAAGUAUGCCAGCCCUACGCCCACGACCACCGACAUCAAAGUCCAGCUCAAGCCCCUCUCCGUCAAGGUCGUCUCUGCCACACUGUGGUUCUCCCUCUCCUGCGUCUUCCUGCAAGAAGGACGGGCCACGGACGAGGACAUGCAGAGCCUAGCCAGCCUCAUGAGCGUGAAGCAGAGCGACAUUGGCAACCUGGACGACUUCGCCGGGGAGAGCGACGAGGACGAAGGAGACAGGAGGAGGGUGCGGCAGGAAGACCGGGGGAGCAAAGUGAUGGAUACCAACGAGCCCCUCAGUGUUCUGGAGGAGGAAGAGGAACAUCAUGGGACAGGGCUUCAGCACGGACCCAGGGCCCAGUCAGCUCCAAUCCCAGAUAAAGGUGGCCAUGAGGCACCUCUGACCAAGGACACUCCUCAGCCGCCCUGCCCUGUUGCUCACGGAAACCCUUUUGAUCAGGACGAGCAGCCCUCUGUUCCAUUGGACGCAAACCGCAGCAUUCAGAAGCUGAGGACAGAGCAGCUGCCCCAGAGCGCCACGGGAGAGAGUUUGGUCAACCCGCCUGUACCGCAAGCGGCCCAUGUAAAGCCCGAUGGGCAGGAGUCAACAUCUGACCAGCAGCCAAUAGCCAGCGCCGUUGAACUGACCAAUCCCUUUGAAGACGCCCAGCUCAGUGACCGGGACCUAGAAGUCACCCCCAAACCCACUGCCAAUCAACUAGCCGGAGGAGCAAAGCACAAUGGGGUCUGGGAGGCCAAUAGUGCGAGGAGUGAGAGACCACUGCCCGCUCCCCGGCUAAAGAAGAGACAGAGCAGUCUGACCGUGUCAUCGGACUUCACGUCAUUGGCCAGUGGGGCCUCUCUGGACACUACAGAAACUUCAGACUCAUCGGGGUUGAUGGGCCCAUCAAGACCACUGCCUAGUGCCAUUAGCCAGGGCUCAGUGGUCAACCACAACCUGGCGGUACCAACCUCGUCCACCAGCAAUACCCAGGAAGGUGCCACCAGCGGUACUGUGCCAACACCCGGCUCCUCACCCGGGCCGUCUGAGCUGACUCCAUCGACGGCGGACACCACGUCGGCGCCAGCCAAUCAGAAGCAACCUGAGGCUAAAACCAAGCGGAAAGCCCCGCCGCCUCCGCUGUCCCUCAACGCAAGCUCUGCCUCCCCUGUCAAGGCAGAUACCAGCACAGAGACCUCAAGCCAGAAGAUGCCAGCAGAACCAUCAAUACAGACUCCCCGUCAGAGCACAGCACCGGUCAACCCCAGUCGCUACCUGUUGGACUGGUGCAAGGAGGUGACCAAGACCUACCCACGGCUGAAGAUCACCAACUUCACCACCUCCUGGAGGAACGGCCUGGCCUUCUGCGCCAUCCUGCACCACUUCCACCCGGGGCUCAUAGAUUACUCCUCGCUGGAUCCCCAAGACAUCAAGGCGAACAACAGGAAGGCCUUCGACGGCUUCGCCAGCCUGGGCAUCUCCCGGCUGCUGGAGCCGGAGGACAUGGUGCUGCUGGCCGUCCCCGACAAGCUGAUCGUGAUGACCUACCUGUGCCAGAUCCGGGCGCACUUCACGGGCCAGGAGCUGGACGUGGUGCAGAUCGAGGAGAACAGCAGCCGCAGCACCUACAAGGUGGGCCGCUUCGACUCCGACCCGCACCGCUCGCUCGACCCCGGACAGUUCUACCCGGAGAGGCGGCCGGCGGCCGGACCGCAGCCCCCCACCCGGCCCAAGCGGGAGGCCCAGCGGAGGGGCUCGGCCGGCGCUGGCCCCGGCCCCGGGGCGGAGGGCGGACCCGAGCCGGGGGACGUGCCGGUGCCGGUGCCCAAGGCCCGGCGGAGGAGCCGGGGAGCGGAGGCUGAGGGGGCGGUGACCACCUCACAGGGACCGGGCCCGAGCGCGGGGCAGCAUGGGAAGUGUGUCGCCCCGGUGCCCGAUGGGAAGACGGCGGGGACGCCCAUUAUCCAGACUGCUGUGAAACCGGAGGAGCACGGGAAGCAGGUCGUGGAGGUUCCUGCUACGAAGGAGCACGGGAAGCAGGUCAUAGGUGUUGCUGGGUCCCCCGCAGCGAAGGGUCAUGGGAAGCAGGUCGUGGAGGUGCCUGCUGCGAAGGAGCACGGGAAGCAGGUCAUAGGUGUUGCUUGGUCCCCCGCAGCGAAGGGUCAUGGGAAGCAGGUCAGUGGGAGCGCCGAGCCGCCUGCAGCUGAGGAACCUGGGAAGCAGGUCAGUGGGAGCGCCGAGCCGCCUACAGCUGAGGAACCUGGGAAGCAGGUCAGUGGGAGCGCCGAGCCGCCUACAGCUGAGGAACCUGGGAAGCAGGUCAGUGGGAGCGCCGAGCCGCCUACAGCUGAGGAACCUGGGAAGCAGGUCACAGAUGCUGUGGAGCCGGACGCACCGGCGGGCAAUGGGAAGCGGAUGGAUGAGGUCGCCGGGGCGCCGGAGGACCACGGGAAGCAGGUCACAGGGGAAGCGUCCGCCGCGGGGACUGCCCCGGAGGGUCAUGGGAAGAGGGUCACCCCGGGAGCGGCGGAGCCAGAUGGAAAGAUUGUGCGGGAGGAUGACGGGAAGAAGGUCUCCGGGGCCCCGCCGCCUGCGGAGGAUGACGGGAAGAAGGUCUCCGGGGGCCCACCGCCUGCGGGGGAUGACGGGAAGAAGGUCUCCGGGGGCCCGCCGCCUGCGGAGGAUGACGGGAAGAAGGUCUCCGGAGAGCCGCCGCGCACGGACGCCGACGGGCCAGCCGCGGUCAAGCCUGGCGCCGAGGAUGCCGGGAGGACGGUCGCCACCGCCGCCGAGGGUGCUGGGAGGACGGUCGCCGCCGCUGCCGCCGAGGGUCCCGGUGAGGACGGGCCGCCGCACCGUGUCCAAGGCCGGACUCCGCCGGCGAGGGAGCGCGGCGCCGAGGGGCCCUGCAGGCCGGAGCGGCCGCAGCGCUCGCUGUCGACGGAGAGCCGCUCCCCGGGCCGCUGCAGCCGCUCCGGCUUCUCGCACCUGAGGGACGCCGACCUGGUGAAGAAGCGGCGGUCGCGGCGGCGCAGCAGCUCGGUGGAGGAGGCGGACGGUGCCCCGGGGUCCGCUCCGGCCGAGGGGGCGGCCACCAAGGCCGAGCUGGAUGUCAGCGAGGUACAGAUCGAGAUCUGCCCGGAGCCCAGCGCCAAGCUGCCUUCGCCCGGACAGGGAAGAUACCAGCCGGGCACGGAACAGCGCACAGAGCUGAAGAGGCAGAAGUCAGCGCAGGAGGAGCAGUCAUGUGAGAAGGAGAACGUUCCCCAGAUCAAGCCCGAUGAAGACACUCCGCGGUUCCGAGACACCAGUCAGUACGUCCUGGGUGAGCUGAGUGCGCUCGAGAGCGAGCAGAAGCAGAUCGACUCCCGGGCUGCUGUCGUUGAGAAACAGCUCCGGCACCUGAUGGCGGCUGGUACGAGCCGGAUGGAAGAGGAACUUUUGAUCCAGGAGUGGUUUGUCCUGGUGAAUAAGAAAAAUGCACUGAUUCGAAGACAGGACCAACUGCAGCUUCUAGAGGAGGAGCAGGAUCUUGAGCGGAGGUUUGAGCUGCUGAACCGGGAGCUGAGAGCCAUGAUGGCCAUCGAAGAUUGGAAGAAGACCGACGCCCAACAGCGGAGGGAACACCUGUUACUGGAGGAGCUGGUCACCCUGGUCAAUCAGCGGGACUCCCUGGUGCGGGAUCUGGAUGCUAAGGAGAGAUUUGCGGAAGAGGAGGACGCUCGCUUGGAACGAGGGCUGGAACACCAGCGGCGGAGGUACAGCCGGCGAGAAAAGUGUGUGGUCAACUGAACGCGAGGCAGUGAGAGCGAGCGGGAGGGACGGGACGGGCCCCGCCCUUGGUCCGCCCCACUCGGAACCGGAGAGGAGUCGCUUGUCGUUGCUUCGAAUGGCCGCCACUGUCUGACCCCACCACCACUACCCACUGGAGGUCAGAGCUACAUGCGCUGGGAAUACCUGUGUCCACCAAUCGACAGGCAGUGGGAGAUGUCAUUUUGCCUCGGUGUCUCUGUGCCCAGUACCACAGCCCCUACCUGUGCCUGGUCCCGUGGCUCCUACCUGCCCUCCUUGGGAGUGCAUGUUGUACUGUUCCUGCCUCCUGUUACCCUGAUGAUACCACCCCUGUCCCCGGGGGAGGGAGGGAGGGGUGGGGAGACGGACGAGUGACCCCCACUCCCUCAGUGGAACCGAGCUCGACCCGAGACCUUCCCUCCCCAGUCCAGAGGCCGCGGUUCCACACCCACCCCGCGUGACGCUGCGGGGCGGGGUUGCUGCCCAUUCACCGGGGCCGUCAACCCCAGGCCUCCGGGGUGGGGUUCGAGACUCCGAGAUCCCACCUGCACUCACCCUGCAGGCCUCUUCCUCCAACCCCAUGGCUCCCCCUGCACUUUCCCCUCCUCCCCUUUAUUGAGCCUCUGCGGAGCCUUAUUGAUAGAUGACGACAGCCCCGUUAUACUGGGGUUCACAAGAUAAAGGGGGCAGAAGUAGGCCAUUCGGCCCAUCGAGUCUGCUCCGCCACUUCACCAUGGGCUAAACUAUUCUCCCACCUAGCCCCAAUUUCUGGCCUUUUCCCCAUAUCCCUUGAUACCCUGACUGAUUAGAUACCGAUCAAUCUCCUUAAACACCCCCAAUGAUUGGGCCUCCACAGCCGUAUGUGGCAACGGAUUCCAUAAAUCCACGACCCUCCAGCUAAAGAAAUUUCUCCUCGUUUCUGUUCUAAAUGGGUACCCUCUAAUUCUAAGACUGUGCCCUCUAGUCCUGGACUCACCCACCAAGGGAAACAACUUGGCCACAUCUACUCUGUCCAGUCCUUUCAACGUUCGAAAUGUUUCUAUGGGGUUCCCUCUCAUUCUUCUGUACUCCAGUGAAUACAGUCCAGGAGCCGACAAAUGCUCCUCGUAUGUCAGCCCUUUCAUUCCAGGAAUCAUCCUCGUAAAUCGUCUCUGAACCCUCUCCAACAUCAGCACAUCCUUUCUCAGAGAAGGGGUCCAAAUUAUACUGCCCCUCCCCACCAGCACGUACCAAAGCACCCCAGAGGGCUGCGUUACCCUUCAAUAAGGCUGCAGCCAAGCACCUACCUCAGCACCACUUCCUGUGGUUCCUCUAGCAUCUCCUCUCCCCACCC